UCGUGAACGAAUAUUAUGUGGAUCCUCUUUGAGUUCAUGUUUUAGUGUCACGCUUGUAAAAUUACGUAUUUUUGACUACAAUGUUACGGUUAGGGUGUACUAUCAGAGGUCUUUGCUCGUUAAAUGCUCUUCCGAGACAAUCGGUGAGGAAAACAUUUGUUCCCUUUUUUUUUUUUACAACUUUCUUGUUAAUGUUUCGCUUCUGUUUCAAGCUUGGCUAGUUCGUGUAAAUGGAACUGAAAUUAGAUCUAGUAAAUUCAAGCAUGUUUCUACUGGAUGUUGAAGCUAAUUCGGUAUUUGGGUUAACUUAGAAAAAUGCCAAAAAUACUUGAACGAAAUGUUUGUCUGUAAAGUAUGAUGAAAUAGUGUUGGUGCGAUUACAUAACAUAGCCUCCAUCAAUUUUAUUGCCGAUAUUAACUGUAGCACAGUAAUGUGAUCAUUACCAUCUGAUGCUCAAAGUUUCAGGUAAGACUCGGAAAUUUAUCAAGAGGAUGCCGCAAGUUACUUACCACAGAGGCUUCUGCAGCAACAGCAACAGCUGAAAUCUCUCCCAGAGCCUCCAAAAUAACAGGUAUAGAAAUGUUCUUCCGGGUUUGGAUCGUAGCUUAUUGACGGGUCUGGUUAUCUUGGUUUAGAGCAUAGUGCACUGCUGUCAAAAGAAUGGCAGGGAUUUUAAUCAGGUCGUUAGCAGUGGAUACAAAACAAAGUCAAUCGCUAUUUCUGAAACCUUGAGUACUGUAAACUUAUUUUUUCUAUUGCUGGGAAAGAGAAGGUCAAGACAACAUUUACCAGAAAAAAACAUUUUAACAAUUCAUAUAUUUUGAUUUUUAAAACUUAAGUGGUAGAGGAGAACUGUUUUCUCUCUUCUUCCUCUUUUGUUACUUUCUCUGUCAGAAAGAUGAAUAUUAUGAUAAGUAUUAUUUGUAGAAUCAUUUUUAAUAAACAUUUGGUUUCACGCUGUUAUCAGUUUUAGAUACAGCCUUUUCACUUUACAUUUCCUAAACCAUAAGCACUGUUAACACAUAUUAACAGUCAUUGGUUAAUAUGAAUUAAUGAAAGCACUGUAUUUUUCACCUAUUUUUAAGGCUUUUGGUUAUUGGGAUGUGCUGGCAUGGCAGUUGGCUCUGUUGUUCUGGGAGGAGUCACACGGCUAACAGAAUCUGGUUUGUCAAUGGUUGACUGGCAUCUGAUCAAAGGAAUGAAGCCACCAACAACACAAGAGGAAUGGGAGAAGGAGUUUGAAAAAUACCAGAAGUUUCCUGAAUAUAAAUAGUAAGAAGAACAAUCCUGAUGAUCAUACUUGAGUCCAGUAAAAAGCCUCUGUGCCAAGUAUGAGCUUACACUCCUCCCUUAAAUUAAGAUGCUGGACUUACGAGAGUGGAGGAACACAAAGCCCAAACAGUAAAAUGCAAAUGAAACAAGAUCUAAGGAAGAGUUCUUCUAAUGGAGUGAUCCUGCUGCUUUUUUACCUAUUUAGCACCCUUCAAGGGUUCCUUUUUUCAGAGUUCCUAGAAAUCACCUUCUUUGCUUCAAUAUGGGACGGCAUCUCCACCCCAAAUUUUUUGCUGAAAAUUAUGUUUUUUAAUCAGAUCAUCCUCAAAAGAUUUCUAACUGUAAGCCCUAGGGUGCAGAGGAUUAUUAGGCAUCUUAGCUUGAUCCUUGAAUCUAAUAACAAAGGUGCAUUUUUUAAUAGUACCAACCAAGGAAUCAGUCUUGCCCAGUUUAAGUGGAUCUGGUACAUGGAGUAUGCUCACAGAAUGUGGGGUCGUUUGGUUGGAGUUGCAUUUUAUCUCCCAGCAGGAUAUUUCUGGUACAAGGGCUGGUUUAAUAAAGGAUUGAAGAUGAGAGUUGGAGUGUUUGGAGCACUGUUACUGAGUCAGGUAGAAACUAAAAGAUUUCUUUACAAUUUUUUAAUGGCACAAAGAAAGUUUUUUGUUAUCUGAAAUUCAAUUUGUGCGUCCAGUUUUAGAUCCUAUUGACCAACUUUAGACACUAGUGUUGGAUUUUUGACACUAGUGUCCAAUUUUGGACUCUGGUGUCCAAUUUUAGACAUUAGUGUUUGAUUUUAGAUACCAGUGUCCAAUUUUAGAUACUACUGUCCAAUUUUAGAGACUAGCUUCUGAUUUUGGACACUAAUGUCUGAUUUAUACUAAAUCAACUGCGUGUCAUGUAUCACUUUUUUGUUCUUACCACAUUUUGACGAUAUCUGUGAUCUAUUACUGAACAGGAGAAGCAAAAGGAGGAAGGAAAUGUACACUUAUCCUCUCAAUUAUGCCAGCAGAAAAAAAAGAAACCAGCUGCAAAAAUAUAUGAUGAGUUUUUUACUGAUUUGGGUUGGUCUGUAUGGAAAAAAGUGUGCCCUUGGUCUGUACUGUUUCCCCAGGCCAAAGGCUAGUGGCAGUUAUCAAGGCCUCAGGUCCAAUUUUUCCCUAUACAGACCUACCGGUAUCUAUUUUAACUACCAUUUCAAGGAUGCAGUGACAAUAAUACAAUAAUGCCUCCCCCCCACACUAACACACACACCCCUUAUUGUCUCUCAAUGUCUGUGACAGGGUUUGAUGGGCUGGUACAUGGUGAAGAGUGGCCUUGAUGAAGAACAUAUCAGUAAAACAGAGAUACCUCGGGUCAGUCAGUACCGCCUUGCUGCGCAUCUGUCGCUUGCUUUUCUUCUGUAUUCUGGUCUGGUGUGGUGUGGCCUGAGUCAGUUCAUCCCUCGACCAAGAGUAAGUGUGGUCAAAUUUUUUUUUCAAGAUGCACAAAUAGUGAAUUUCUAACUCUUAAACCUUUAACUCUCAGAAGAGAUCAAGAUGUAACUUCUUCAUAAAUUAUCCAUACAUUACUUAGCAAACAGGUAAUGAGAUUACUCAAACCUUAUCAGGUAGAAGUUUUUAUCUUGAUCUAAUGCCAAAUUCUCAUAACUAAUUUACAAGGAAAUGUGUAGUAGCCAGUAGGGAGAGUCAUCAAUGAAAUCUUAGGGGUUAAGGGUUGAAAACUUACAGGAAGCAGAGAGAUACUUUAAUAGUUAAAUAAGUUUAAAGGCUGUAGAAUGUAGUUAUUUUUCGUUAAUUUAUUUUAUUUGUGACCUUAUCCUAGCUUGUUCUGUUUAUUGUAGUAUGUCAUGACCUCACAACUAAGGCAGUUCAGAAGAUUUGCUCACACAUGCAAGGGCUUUGUAGCGCUCACUGCUGUUUCAGGUGAGAAUCAAACUGACAUUGCUUAAAAGCGUACCGUUGUAUCUCUGUAUCAACUAGCAGUCUCAUAUUUUCGAGACUGGUUUGCUGUCUCAGUUCCACGCAGAAAUUUACAGUAUUUCUAGAAAAUUAGAAAUUAUGGUGGCAUUUAUUGCAGGCUGUGUAGCCCCCGAAGUUCGAAUCUACUCCUGUCUCUUCUUAGGCCUUCGUGCGUGUCUCCACGUACAUGUGCGCUGGCCUCCGCGUGCGUUUUUUGCACGCGGCUUCGCACGUCUCCAAUCUGCCUGAACCAACCCACCUAACAAACUCCCCUUCUCUUCAUGCGAUCUUAUUGUUUCCGGCUUAAGUUUGUAAAUUAUUGACUUUUUCAUGCAGCAUUAUCACGUUUCGUCGUUCACUUCGUCUAUUGUGGCUUCUCUCUCAGUGUACAAACUUAUGUAAUCAACUCCACCCCUCUCCCUACAGGUGCGUUUGUCGCUGGUUUGGACGCUGGUCUUGUUUACAACUCUUUUCCCAAGAUGGCAGACCGUUGGAUUCCAAGCGACUUGUUCGCGCUCGAACCGAAAUGGAAAAACUUUUUCGAAAACCCAACAACAACUCAGUUUGUACACAGAAUUCUUGUGAGUUGAUUCUUUUGAUUUAAUAUUCUUGUAACUUUUUCUGGUAGCUAGUGCUUUGAGUUAUCCAGUGAAAAACAAACGCACGUGGGCUGGUCAAAGAAAGGACGGGAAAUUUUCGUACAGUUUGAAGAAUUUCUGGUCAUUUUAAUGCCUUCUUCCUGUGUUGCGUGACAUCUUGCUAUUGCCUUGUGUGACAAAUGGUGAAAGAACAAUUCCAUUCGCAGAAUUAACGACUGAUCACGCACUGAAAUAUUCUUCUUUGUAGGGAACAACCACUGUGUCUUCCAUUGCCAUUUUGUUUCUACUUGCGAGACCACUAAAACUGCCUGGAAGAGCUAACAUAGCGUUAAACUGUCUGCUGGGAAUGUCCGCUGUGCAGGUGACGUAUUUCUGAUUUUAAAACUUGCAACAGAAUUUGAAAACUUCUAACCCUAUAGUGUGUAUUUUAUACCUUUCAGUUUCCGUUUCGAGCCCAGGAUCGAGAUGUUCCUUGGUUGUAAUCAUUGUGUAGUCCUCAUAACAUAGCCUCACCCUUUCACUCCCGAGUUUUCAUUAGUAAUUCUCCAUACUGUACGCCAUACGAUUUUUACGAUGUUAGUUGGAAGAAUUUGGUAUUGGAUCAACAUACAAUCCCUAAUUGAUGCAUUUUUUUCUCAUCGCUUGUGUGCUUGAUAUUGCAUGAAGGAAAUUUUUCUUUGUCACUCAUGGGAAUUAAAUCUCCUUUCCCAAUGUCCUGGAAAAUUAUUUGAAAUACUCGCGCCUUUUUCCUCAGAACAAAUUUCAGAUACGAGACAGACUUGGUAUAAAGUUGGUACAAAUUUCUUUCUCUCCCCAACCUUCCGUUGACACAGAAAUCAAAGAUGGUAGCUAUAAUUUUCUCCAAGAAUAUAAUAAGCUCUCGCUGGCAAAGUCGCUGCAGGCUUAAGCAGUCUUUUGAUUCAUUUUCUAAACUUUAUACUCUUUCUGAGACAUCGUUUUUUAAUUUGAUCUUUUUUUUUUUCUAUUUCAGGUCACUCUCGGUAUUUCUACACUUUUGUUAUAUGUUCCAACUCAUCUCGCUGCGUUACAUCAAUCUGGUGCUGUGUCAUUGUUAACAAUUGCUCUUUGGCUCACAAACGAACUCCGCAAGCCCCUAGUACCAAAAUGAGGCCUCCUUGUACCAGUUGUUAACCAAAAUUUCGGUUUUGGGCGACUGUUGCUGAGUUUAUAUAAGAAGACCCUGGCUGAGAAUAUAAGAGGAAGGCUGUUAAUUUAACGAAGAGAAAAGUUUGCAAGAUGUCAUUGGUACAUGCCUAUACACUCAGUACUGAAAGAAUUGAGCAUCUCUUUUAGGAUCUAGAUUUUAUUAAGCGUGCCAGACAUUGUUUUCAACAUACUUAAACACUUAAAGAAAGGGCAACGGUCUUUUCGAAGUUUGUCACACAGUGAGCACGGUAGCCGGAGCAAUUUUCAAUUGAGGGUUGCUGUAGUUCUGCUCCGCUGCGCACCUUGAUUCAUCGCGAAAGUUGGCGCCAACAUUCCCACCAAUCAGGAGCAAUACUUAAACCAUUUGUGAUUUGGUCCCGGUUACAUUUGUCUUCUUCGCAGCCUUUGUUUGGCCUAGUCGUCACGCGAAGUAACCUCUUCCCACGCGUUGCGUGACGAGAUCAAACAAAGACGGAAGAAGGAAGCUACGGUUACGUGCGACUUCCUGCGCGUGACGGCGGCUACUUGUGUUCGCUCUGAGUUAUCAUUGGCCCCUGAUAUUUCCCUUUGUUCUGAUCGGCUAGUGUGAUUAUUUUGCUUUUGCUACAAGGAUAUUCGUUAAGCUUGAUACGGUAGGGGUGCAAACUCGUUCAGAACUAUGAGUGCAUCUGACAGUAGGCGUACGUAUUCCUUCAUUCUUGUGCGUAAAGCUGAGCGAACCUAAAUUCAGUUUGAAUGUAAUUUAUGUUUGGAAAGAACGACUUCAUGCACUAAAUGCCUUUACCUCUGAAAAAGAAAAAUGAUUUACUGCUGGAGAUAAAUGAACGUGGAUUUCCAAAAUAAAGUUUUAAUGGUAC